CCGACGCCGCCCGCCCGCCUCCGUGCGCUGCACUGAAUCUGACAGCGCCCGUCCUGCAGCGGCCGGCGAGGAAGAGCUCUCGGCGAGAGGGCGAGCGAUGGCGGCGGCAAUGCCGGCGCUGCUGCUGCUGGUGGCCACGGCCACGGCGAUGAUGUUCUCCCCCGCCGCCGCCCGCAUUCCCGGCGUGUACGGCGGCGGAGGCUGGCAGAGCGCGCACGCCACGUUCUACGGCGGCAGCGACGCCUCGGGCACCAUGGGCGGCGCCUGCGGCUACGGCAACCUGUACAGCCAGGGGUACGGCGUGAACAACGCGGCGCUGAGCACGGCGCUGUUCAACCAGGGGCUGAGCUGCGGCGCGUGCUUCGAGAUCAAGUGCGAGGACCAGCCCGGGUGGCGGUGGUGCCGCCCGGGGAGCCCCUCCAUCCUGGUGACGGCCACCAACUUCUGCCCGCCCAACUACGCGCUGCCCUCCGACGACGGCGGCUGGUGCAACCCGCCCCGCCCCCACUUCGACCUCGCCAUGCCCAUGUUCCUCCACAUCGCCGAGUACCGCGCCGGCAUCGUCCCCGUCACCUACCGCCGGGUGCCGUGCCGCAAGUCCGGCGGCGUGCGGUUCACCAUCAACGGCUUCCGGUACUUCAACCUGGUGCUGAUCACGAACGUGGCCGGCGCGGGGGACGUGGUGCGCGCGAGCGUGAAGGCGUCGGGCACGGGGGAGUGGAUGCCCAUGUCGCGGAACUGGGGCCAGAACUGGCAGUCCAGCGCCAUCCUCGUCGGCCAGGCGCUCUCCUUCCGCGUCACCGGCAGCGACCGCCGCACCUCCACCUCCUGGAACGCCGCCCCGCGGGACUGGCGCUUCGGACAGACCUUCGAGGGCAAGAACUUCAGGGUCUGAGCUCAGGCCGCGAGUGGCGGCGAGAAGAAGCCAGCGCUCAAGGCCUUCUUCCGCCGUACUAUUAUAUAUACCGUGAUUACUGCUACUAGUAGUCGGUAUAAAGCGCGUGUUAGGGUGGUGGGAAUGUACGUGAAUGCCCGUUUAGGGUCACGCCGUCUCGCCCUGGUUCAAGUACUCUCUGAAAAAAAAGGAGCCUUUUUCUUCUGAACAUAUGCGGGCAAAAGGGAGAUAAGUAUGGUGAUUGGAUGCUUGCUUGGUUGUCU